ACGAAUGCCUCCGUGUACAUAUAAAGGUGGCGCUUGGAAAAAAAAAGUUGUGAGAGGAGUCACUUGUCCGUCGACCUGCGGUGCGUCCCGAAGUCAACACAUCGGCGGUUUGAACGAGAGCAGCAGCAGCAGCAGCAGCAGCCCCGGACCCACCGCUCGUCUCCACCAGGCUCCAGGAGCGAGAAGACGAUCUGCCCUUCUCCCGGACUGUCGAGUUGGCCGAGAUGUUUCAAAUUAAAAGGAUCUGUUGCAUUGGUGCUGGAUACGUAGGAGGCCCGACGUGCAGUGUGAUUGCACACAUGUGUCCAGAGAUCACGGUGACAGUUGUGGACGUCAAUGAGUCCCGCAUCAAAGCCUGGAACUCAGACACUCUGCCAAUUUAUGAGCCGGGUCUGAAAGAGGUGGUUGAAUCAUGCAGGGGAAUAAAUUUGUUUUUCUCUACGGACAUUGACUCAGCGAUCCGGGAAGCUGACCUCGUCUUUAUCUCUGUUAACACCCCAACAAAGACCUACGGGAUGGGAAAAGGUCGUGCGGCUGACCUCAAGUUCAUCGAGGCGUGUGCUCGGCGAAUUGUGGAGGUGUCUGACGGCUACAAGAUUGUAACGGAGAAGAGCACAGUCCCAGUUCGAGCUGCUGAGAGCAUUCGAAGGAUAUUUGAUGCCAACACCAAGCCCAGCCUAAACCUACAUGUGUUGUCCAACCCAGAGUUCCUUGCAGAAGGAACUGCGGUGAAGGAUCUGAAGGAGCCAGACCGCGUCCUGAUUGGUGGAGAUGAAACCGCCGAAGGUCAAAGAGCGAUCCGAGCGCUGUGUGCUGUGUAUGAACACUGGGUUCCCAAAGCGAGAAUCAUCACCACCAACACAUGGUCGUCCGAGCUGUCCAAACUGGCAGCCAAUGCGUUCCUGGCGCAGCGAAUCAGCAGCAUCAACAGUAUCAGUGCUCUGUGUGAAGCCACCGGAGCUGAUGUGGAGGAGGUUGCCAAGGCGAUUGGCAUGGACCAGAGAAUAGGCAGCAAGUUUCUCAAAGCCAGCAUAGGUUUUGGUGGAAGCUGUUUCCAGAAGGACGUGCUGAACCUGGUUUAUCUGUGCGAGGCCCUCAACCUGCCUGAGGUUGCCUCCUAUUGGCAGCAGGUGAUUGACAUGAAUGAAUACCAGAGGCGGCGUUUUGCCUGCAGGAUUAUCGACUGCCUCUUCAACACCGUCACUGGCAAAAAGAUUGCUCUGCUUGGCUUCUCCUUCAAAAAAGACACCGGUGACACAAGGGAGUCGUCCAGUAUCUACAUCUCUAAGUAUCUGAUGGAUGAGGGAGCCAAGCUGUUCAUCUACGACCCCAAAGUUCUUAAAGAACAAAUCAUUCAUGACCUCUCCCAGCCCAACAUCUCAGAGGACAACCCAGAAAGAGUGUCAGAGCUGGUGACUGUGACCUCUGACCCGUAUGAAGCUUGCCAAAGUGCACAUGCAUUGGUCAUCUGUACUGAAUGGGACAUGUUUAAGGAACUGGACUAUGAGAAGAUCUACAAGAAGAUGCUGAAGCCAGCUUUUAUAUUUGAUGGUCGCAGAGUGCUGGACCACCUCCACCCUCACCUCCAGAACAUCGGCUUCCAGAUUGAGACCAUCGGUAAGAAGGUGACUGCGACAAGACUCCCCUACAGCGCAGCAGCCGUCUGUCCUCGCAUCGGUGGCACUGAACCUCCCCCCAAGAAAGCCAAAGUCUAAAAUCUCACACUCACGCACAAGCAGCCACACCCCCCAUUCUCUCGCAACCUUUUUAAUUGCUGGUGAAACGUCGUUCACCUCUCUGUUGCUGGUACACGUCUGCUAUUUAAAAAGACCAAACAAUGCGACUAAUUGCUCCCCUGCAGUGGUUUGGACUAGAGCUUAGCUAAAACCUUCAGUCCAGACUCUUUCAGUGGGAAUUCAUUCCAAACACACAUCAUUUAUGCAUUUCCAUGUUAAACAGUGUUUGUAAACCAAACAUUUCAGUGCAGUUCGCACAUGGUCUUCAGUUUCAAAUUAACACUUUCAGUGAGUCUACUUUCUUUUACUAUUAACUGUAUAAUCUAGUAUUUGUUGCUAAAUUGCAAAACUUUUAUACUAUUUUUAAAAAAUAUUUUUAUAAAUCAUCUUACUGUAUGUUAACUAGUAUGCGUCCUCUGUAUCAGUGACUGUUCACUAAAAAGGGCCAAUGCAAUAAAAUGAGAUGUGUGUCCUUAA